AAGUGACCGAACUAUUUGCCGCGUGUUCGUAAACAUAAGAAAUUGGGAUGCAUGUCUGUGAAGUGUGAGUGCUGAGUUAUUCACUGUGAGAUAGAGAGCGGUCUAUGAGUAAAGCCUAUUACUUAAGAGGACGCUGUGGAUUACGGAAUUUUUACAUGUAGAAUGUCUUUCUGUCGAAGGCGUUUCUAGUGCGAAGACGAAGUGCCGUCAACCGAUUUCUAGCUUUUUGGAACAAGUUGAUGGUAACGAUGUCCGCUAUUCAUCCUCCAGAAGAACAGUUGAGUACACUGAAGAGCCUCGCUGAUCUUCUCCAAUGUGCUUAUUGCCAUAAGCACUUCGGUGAGGUAGUGCCAACCUUAAUGGGACGCAACUGUCCGCAUGCCAUCUGUGCGUCUUGUCGUGAAGGGUUUUUCCCUCAUGGGUUUCACUUUUCGCAAAUGGGGGAAAAGAAAUUGCUGACAACUUGUCCUGUCUGUCACGUUCCUGUUGAGAGAAGUGACCAGGGAGAUGACAAAUUCCAGGAAUUCUUGAAAUGCGCUGAAGCGGUGACGGAGAGCUUCCGGGAAUUGGUUUUUAUGUAUGAAUCCGAGAAGAAAUUGGUGAAUAACAGUACUCCGAAAAGUAAACAAGUUCCGUUAGUUGGAACAAGUGAAGCCUUCCCCCUGAAACCAAAGCAAACUAAGAAUUUGUCGUCCCGUAAAUCUGCGACUCCAUGUCGGAAUUCGGCGUCUUCAACUCCCCAGAGAGACGUUGAGAAAAGAAAUAUUAAGGGUGAAACACGAUUGCACGUCGCAGUCAUAAAGGGGGAUAUUGCAGCUGUCAAAGAUUUGUUGGCUUCCGGUGCAUCUCCGAAUGUUCAAGAUAAUGCGAAUUGGACUCCGUUGCAUGAAGCCUGCAACCAUGGUUUCACAGAAAUCACCAAGCUUUUGCUUGAAAAUGGCGCGAUUGUCAUUCCCGGUGGCGACUAUAACGAAACCCCCCUGCAUGAAGCAGUUAUUGGUUGUAGGAAGGACAUCAUCGAACUUCUGGUUAAGCAUGGAGCUGAUCCGAAUCUGAGAAAUAGUUCUGGCAUAAGUGCACUAGAUUUAUGCGGGUCUGACGACGCACUCCUCGCCCUCAUGCAACUAAGGCAUGCAUCAAAGGAAGAUUUGACAGCUUCUGCUGAAAAGAAAAUUUGUGUCUUACCUGAAGAUCCAGUCAUUGCAUACGAGCUAGAUGGCUGUCAUUCGAAAAUACUUUUGAAAGUUGUUCGUGACUAUCGAUGGAAGAGACCGCAGGCAGAUGUUACUCGUGAAACCACCAUGUUGAUUACACGAUGUAGCCAAGCGGAUGAUCAGCGAUCAGUGAAGCCUACCUGCAAUGUUAUGAAGGCUGUCGUCAUAGGUCGACCAAUUAUCGACAUUGGCUGGAUCCGAGGCGCAUCUUCGGAAGAUAUUUUGAACCCGGGUCGUAUCCAAGCGUUUAUGGUCAACGUCGUUGAAGGACUUCCCUCCAACGAUGGGAUUCGAAAAGCGCAAGAAAACAGUCUGAAAAUGCUUCCCCCUUUGUUCGAUGGUUUCUGUAUUUUCGUUCUGAGCGGGAAGCGGUUCGAGCCCGACGAUUGUUUCGGUUUAACCAAGGAUGACCUGACCAAAAUAUUGACGUGUGGUGGAGCUACAAUCUUACACCGCGAGCCGAGUCCCGGAAAAUUAACGAUGGAUUCUAAGCGUCCGUUUCAUGCUGCUCGUACUCAUCUUGCGAGUACAACUCAUCUCAUCAUAUAUCCACCAAGCAAGUCUCCAAGCAUCCACUACAACAUGGCCGAAUUGAAGGCGUUGCCGGUGUCUUGGCUCAUCGCAUGUAUUGCUGAAUUCGCCAUAUUGGAUCCUGCGCCGUAUGUGUAG